GUAAAGACAAAAUUAUUGUUAUGAGGAAAAUAAUGACUGUUAUUCAUUUUAUGAGGUCUGAAAUGGGAUAUGAAUAAAAAACAGCGUAUAAAGAGAUUAAAUGGAGAAAGAAUAAUCGUCAGUAUAACUACGCCUGAACCAUAGGUUGAAGAUAGGAUCUGCCGAUUUGUUUCGAUUUCGAUAGGGGUCUCCUCUGAGUUGAUACUGUAAAUUAGUUAACAGUUCUACAUCCUUCUUGCAAUGUACAUCAGAAUAUCGUUUUUAAAAACCCUAAUCUCCAUAUUGGUGGUGAUGCAGUUGAAAAAUCGUUCGAACAAUGCAAACCAAUGACAACACCUUGAUCUUACAAACACAUAUGAUCAAUAAUUCAAAAGGAGGUUCACGGUUUUCCUCUGUCGUUCCGAACAGGAUGAGAUCCAAAUAUUGGACAUUAUUGAGUCGGCGGUGAUUUUUAGUGAUCAUUAUGUGCGAGCGAAUCAUAUUUCUUUUAUUGGUGGCGAACUCCAUCAUUGACGUAACCUCAUUGGAUAUAACCUUUGGUGAUUGCCCACUUAUUUUCAAGGAACCCUGCAGUUCCAAGUACAUAAAGUUCAUACUUUCUCACACAGUAAAUGGUGAAAUUCAUCGACAGUUAUUGGAUAAUUUUCAUCCAAAAUUGCCCGAUGAUUUCAGAGAGGGGGAUGAUGUCAAAAUUGUCAUACAUGGGUAUGGAGGGUUAUCUGUGGACACAGGUACAACGAAUGUUACAGCAGCCUACGAAAGGAAGAAAUAUAACAUCAUAACAGUGGAUUGGGGAGCCCUGACACAUCUCCCAUGCUACCCAACAGCCUUCUUGAAUACCUGGCAUGUAGCACAGUGCACUUCUAUACUUAUAGUUGGUCUGCUAUCCAAUGGAAUACAGCUGAAAAAAAUUCACGUCGUUGGUUUCAGUUUGGGAGCACACAUAGCUGGAUUUACAGGGACGCAGCUAAAAGAAACGGCAGGAUUAAAACUGACCAGGAUAACAGGAUUGGAUCCUGCUUUACCAUUUUUCGCUACUUUGGAUAACCAUUGGAAGUUGGACCCAGGAGAUGCAGAUUUUGUAGAUGUUAUCCACACCAGUGCCUUGACUUUUGGUAAAUUUGAAGCGAGUGGACACGUUGAUUUUUAUGUGAAUGGUGGUUCUCUGCAACCGUUUUGCAAGACAAGGCCAUAUCCUCCUUUGUGCAGCCAUAUUUUAGCUGGAUUAUACUUCGCAGAAUCGAUCAUGGACGAGAAAAAGUUUAUUGGAACCAAGUGUGAUUAUCUAACACCGAAUUUUAUUUUAGGAAUCUGUUCGUCGAACAAAACAGCAGUUAUGGGUGAACAUGUAAACAGGAAUUCUAGGGGCAUUUAUUACGUGGAAACAGCAGAGCAGCCCCCUUUCGCUUUGGUUUUUGUUAUUCUGUUGUGGCAGUUUGUGGAUUGUCAAACACCAACCAUUAGUAUAAAUGUGCCUAAUUACAUGGUUCCAUUACCAGAAGGAAUGAACAGUCUGAGGAAUGAAGGAUUAGUAGUAGGAAAUUGUAAAAUAGUCAUCAAUGACCUUUGCCCUGACCCAGACAUAAAAUUCUUCCUCUACACCAAGAGUCAUCCAGACGUGCCUGAACCAGUUAGAAUAGGCUCCGAUCCACAUGUUUCAAACUUAUCUUUGACAUCGUUCGAUCCUAAGAAGCCUGUGAAAAUAAUCAUACAUGGGUACAAUUCCGAUAUGUUUUUGGCUGUUUUGGUGGAAGUUAAGAACCAGUACUUGAAAACCAAUGAUGUCAACGUGUUUGCUGUAGAUUGGUCUCCUCUUGGUCAGUCUCCAUGCUACAUAGCUGCUUUGUGGAAUUUGAAACAUGUGGGAGUAUGUACUAGCCAUUUAGUGGAAAGAAUAAGAGAAUUGGGUACUGAAGACAUCCAUGUUAUUGGCUUCAGUUUAGGAGCUCACGUCCCUUCUCACGUGGCGAACGCUCUCCUGCCUUACAAGUUACCAAGGGUAACGGGCUUGGACCCAGCUGGACCAGGAUUCAUAACUGCCAGCAAGGAGAAUAAGCUGGACAAGGAAGAUGGAAAGUUUGUGGACGUGAUCCACACCAACUGUUUCAUGCAGGGUCUUGUGGAGGAGCUGGGACAUGUUGAUUUCUACUUGAAUGGUGGAAUUGUUCAGCCUGGGUGUUGGGCAGAAUCCAGAUUUUUCGCCUGCAACCACCACCGAGCCCCUUUAUACUUCGCUGAAUCCAUAAAUACCCAACUCGGAUUCUGGGGAUGGCCAUGCCCCUCCUAUUUUCAAUACAUCAUCGGUAACUGUCCACCCAAAGAUCCUCAGAUAAUCAUGGGAGAACACAUCGCCAGAAAUUCAACCGGAGUCCAUCUGGUCAUAACCGAGUCGGUUUCACCAUUCGCUAUAGGAAAGUAUACAGGUCCAGCCAUCGAAAUAUACCUCAGGUCCAAUAGGCAACGAAUGGACGUUUUGAAGAAAUACAAGAGAACGAUCGAGGAUUUCCUCUACGAGGAAACUUUUGCAGAUAUUGUGUACAACAGAACGUAUUUGAAGGAACAAUUGUAUGACAAAUUGGCUGAAGAAAUCGUGCCGGAAGUUUUUUCGGUUUAAACAUUUAGCGGAUAAAACUUCAUGACAGAGUGCGACUGAGUGAAUGUGAUAAGUGAUAUCUAACUAUUCAUCUGAAUAAGGACCAAUUAUUCUAUAUUUAUCAUGAAUAAGCUAUAGCUUAUUAGUUUUAAGAAUAAAUGAUCUAGAUCGUUU